GCGAGCCUGCUGAUACAGAAGGGAAACAGAACAUAAUCUCUACCAAUAACAUGCACUUUAACAGGGUCUCAUUGACCUCGCGCGGCAGGUUUUUAAUCAAGAAGCACGUUGGUGGAUUUAAGAUGUUUUGUUCCCAGCUGCCAUUUAGUGCAGACAGAGUAGUGUACGCAAGUUGCCAUUAUAACAAUCAUCAAGAGGAAAACAAUUUCGAAAGCAAACAGUUAUAAUAACCAAGUACACACGCUCUGUGCUUAACACUGGCAGACAGGGUUCUCACAAGAUGUCGGGGAAUUUGAAAAUUUGGAAGUGUUCAGUACUAUCACUGCUGUUGUUUGAUGCUACUCUUGCCAUCCCAGUGCUGCCUUUUUGUACAAGAUACAAUGAGAACACCAUAUGCAGCGUGAAUUCAUAUUUCAAAGGUGACACGCCACUGUGUGACAACAAUGGGAAGAAGUACGACAACAUGUGUCAGUACAUAAAGGCAGUGUGCGCAGGCGCAGCGACAGGAAAGAUCAAUUAUGAGUGCAGCACACCUGCAGGCGACAAAAUCAACCAUCCCUUCUCUUACUUCUCUUUCAGUGUAUUCAGGCCCUUAUUUGACUCGAGGUCCUCUUCUUCAGUGGCCCUACACUCCUCUCCCUCCUCCCUUUCCUCCUCCCCCUCCCCCAUCCCUCCCUCUUCUAUCUUUUUGUUCCAGCACAAGGCCCAAAAGCAGAACCAAAACACUAUAAAGUAUCCCAGCAUCCCUUGCGUCAACAAAACAAUCUCUCGUUUGCCAAGCACUGUUCCCGAACUGAAACCGUUCUUUGCGAAAUAUCUCAACGUAUUUGGCGUGUAUAUUGUCGCAACUGCUGGAUUCCCGGAUGUUAAGAUGAUCCAUGCUGCUGGAGUGAUGGCCCAGUACCUGGAUAACAAUGGUGACGGUCUUGUGGAUAGUCCAGCUGUGAUCAAGAACAUGGUGAAACGAAGGGCUACGUUGAUCAUGUUCAGAGACCAAGCGGAAAUGAACGCCAAGAUUGAACAAGUCGAGAAAGCAACGGAAGGGAAAUACAUGUUCCAAGACCUGGAGGCCAAUGAAAUCCAUCCACCAGAGGAACAUAGUUCUGAGUUCGACGAAUCUCUUGAAGAGAUUCUCCACCUCAUCCAAGAUAUUGGCAUAACAUAUGCUUUCCCUGAACAGUUUGCACAGAAUGACACAUCUCUUCUGGGCAAGGCUAUGCUCAAGGCUAUAAAGGACUGUGGCUUUGCAUUCAAUCAUACAUUCAGAUAUCCAAACUGCACUGGCCUGUAUCACUUUGGAGAUCCAACCUGUGAUUUUGAAUGUCUUCUUACGGAAUUCUUUUACUGGGGCCUCACGUCCAUCCUUGGAGCACAGAGGAAAAGAUGCAAGACCAUUUCCGACGAGUGGGAAUUGUGUACAAAGAAGCUGGUGAGGACCAAACUCCCUGAACUUUACUUUCUCUUGACCAACCCCAGGUAUAAACUGCCAUCUGUUUUACCGAACGGGGACUACGUUCACUUCUGCUAGCCCAACUGUAUAUCUUCGUAAUUUAAGUGUAAUAAUUCACAAUUAAAUAUUAACUUUGCAUUACGCUAUCCAGCUGGAGGCCCCAUCACAAGAAGGGCUAAUUAUAUUUUGUGAAAGCACGUUUAGCGGCUGCACUCAUAAAAUUAACAUUAUCAUUUUACAAGAGGAAUAUAACUCGUAAAUUUUACAAUAUUUAAAGACACAUAACUACAGUGCACAAAUUUAUUUUAUACUGAUAGUGUGUAAGCUCAGUGGAAAUUAGCUGUUGGGAAAUGAACUACUGGAAACUAGCACACAUGCAUGUACAUCCGGGUCUUGAAAAGAGAGAGGGAUUUGAUUUAAUUUUACCGUAUCCGAUAUACAUACAGAUGGAUUAAGAACUACGUUGGCCUAUGCCAUUUGCUAAUGCAUUCACGUAUUGUACAGACCUAUACUAGUGUGCCGAAAUACAUCUUAUAGUAAAAUGAUUUUUAAUUCUCUUAACUAUUCUAAGUAAGCAGCUUUAUAAAACAGUUAUUGUUCCCAUUUCAUAAAUUCGAGUCAUACAGUUACAUGUAAGUGUGUUUACUUCCCAGCAGAAGAACAGAACGUUUUGUAACAUUAACGUUAUGAUAUUGUAUGUGUUUUCUGGGUAGCUGACGUAUAUAAUAAGAGACCUCUCCAUGUAGCCUACUGGUAGACCUACUGUAUAGGGCCUAAUGCGUUGGAUCUACAUGUACGUGAAGCUUAUAUAAUUUUUCUCCAGUGGAUAAAAUACUGUACUGUACUGUACUGUACUGUGGCAAACACACUGUCACUUAUUUCUGGCUCAAGAUCUUCAUUCCCAAGGUUAUCACAAAAUCCAUUAUUUACGACACAAAGUCUUCAUCUUCAGUGCCAUCACAGAGCCCAUUAGUUCUGACACAGAAUCUUCACCCCUA